AUGACCAGCACGCCCAUGGUCGCCCCGAAUGGCAGUAGCAGCAAUGGCAUUGCCCCCGGCCCCGCUGGCACGACAGCUGGCCCCCCCCCCCCCCCAGCCGCGGCUGCCCCCCGCAGCAGUCAGACACCCCAGGCCUCGACUCUGAACUCGCCCCCCACCGCCACUCAACAACACCGUCUGCUCCCCUCGCCCAUUCCGCCGCCUACCGCCUCCUCGUUCAACUCGCAGCGCCGCCCCCAGUCCCGAGUCAGUGCCGUGUCGGACAACUCCAAGGACAGUCAGGACGGCGUCCCCGUCCGCAAGAGCCACUCGCAGUCCAUCUCCAGCACCCCUCGCACGCUGGCGUCCUCUAACCGGAGCAUAACCGCGAGCGCGGAGAACAGGGAGAGACAGCGCGCCGUCCGCUCACUGCCGCCCUGGGUCCAGUCGGCCGACGAAGAGGACAAUGUCGAUGCUACCAGCUUCCUCCUACCACGAACACCCACCAGUGUCCGCCAUGCCAACCACAACUUCUGCCCGACCCCAAAGUCUAGUGUCCCGGGUCGCAAGUUCGACCACGCUCGCGAGGGCGCCCCCGUGACCCUGUCGACGCCUGUCAGCGAUAGUGCCCCCAAGUGGAAGCAAUUCACCCAGGCGUCCAACCUCGACCGCCCCAUAUCCUCGCGCGGCCAGAUUGUAGAUGAUGACUGGCUCAAGGACAACAUGCCCGACCUCGAGCAGAAGUGGGAGCCCAUCGACAAGGACCAUGGCGACGAGCACAUCAAGGGCUUCUGGCUCUUCACCUCGGAGAAGAGAAAGCGCCGCCUGAUGCGCUUCCACAACACCGUCAUGAACCACCCCAUGGUCCCCGCCCUCUCCCGCUGCUUGAUCCUUGUCUUCUCCAUCCUUGCCCUCUCCCUCGCGUGCUCCAUCUACCGUCACUCCGAUAACAACGGCUGCAACAAUAAUUCGUCGACCUGGAUGGCCAUACUCGUUGAUAUUGUAGCCGUCCUAUACACCAUCUACAUCACCUAUGAUGAAUACACGUCAAAGCCUCUCGGUCUGCGGUCGCACAACGCCAAAAUGUCACUCAUCUUCCUAGACCUAGCCUUCAUCGUCUUCGAGUCUGCCAACCUUAGUCUGGCUUUCCAGGCUCUGACAGACGACAAGUGGGCAUGCGUUGAAUCAGACAGGACAAAUGCCUGUCCAUACAGACAGAGCAUUUGUGAGAGACAGAAGGGCUUGACAGCGACUCUGCUGAUUGCGCUGCUUGCCUGGAUUGCUACUUUUGCUAUCAGUACUCUGAGGUUGAUCCACCGUGUAGCGAGGUAG